AUGGGUCGUUCCGGAGUAAAGACAUCUCGGCCAUCGUCCUCCAUGUCUCGUUCAAAACAACGCCGCCAAACUAUUUGCGGAAAGUCCCGUUCGUCGCAGCUCAAACUUAGGCUGAAGAAAAACAACAAACGCAGAGCGCCACCUUCUAUCUCAAGUGAUGAUUCAUCCAGUGAAGAUAUGAAUUCUGGUAAUGAAGACGACGACGACGAAGAUGGCGAGGACUCGAGUGAAGAUGAUGAUGAAGAUUCCACCCCAGCAGCGUUUGCCCCGUCUUAUGGUGGCAAGAAACGACUUGGCCAUAAGACGGGGCGUACUGGUGGGGGUGUUGACGAAGUCAGUGAUGGCGAAGAUGAAGAGUUGAUGCUGGAGAAAAUUGAAGAGGAGAUCAUUCUUGAAUCUGAAAAUGAAAGGUCUACAUUAAGCAGGCUGGCCGGUAGUGUCAGCGGAGGGGACGAAUGGACGGGGUUAGAUGACCUUGAGCACCGCCCCUUUUACUCUGCUGGCUCUUUCUUCGAUGAUGAGCAUCUUCUCCUACAAUCUGGAGGACACAGUGACGCCGUUGAUGCAGGAAUGACCAGCGAGGCGGCUGAAACACCUGUUCAACGACGGGUUCACUUUGAGACGGAUGACUCGUCCGACUCCGAUAAAUCUAGUGAUGAAGAUGAGCUAUUUCCUGAUUUUUUACACCAGGAUCAACUUGACCCUGAUCUACGACGCAUGAUCGAGACGGAUUCGACUCCUGGGCGAUCACAAACUUCCCUUGAUCUGUUUGUCAACAGUGACUUUUGUGACUUGCCUGAUAACAUCUAUCAUGUGGAGGAGUCCGAUAACUCGAUGGGAAGCUCCAGUGGUUACGAAUCUGAUGAUGGUGAAACCACGGAUGAGGAGGAUUACCUUCCUCUGGCCACCAUCACUCAUCCAAGGUCCCUUCUCCGCAGAGAGUCGAGUGCCUCGCUCUCCGGUGAUGAGGAAAACAAGGCCGAAUCUUGUGUUCCUCAGCGAGGACCUCUGAGAGGAACCUUCAUUGCUGAUCCACACAAACCAGUUGCUGUCGUUGCUCCCAACGGCAGACAGCUAAUUCUUAUACCUCCAUAUGCAUCUUCCCGCCAUGAGUGGCUCGAAUCAGCUGCCGGUAGCCUGGUUAACACCGCCAACAACUCGCCUCGUACUAGUACGAUGCACAAUGUCGACGACAGUGAUACCGAUGCAUUGGUAUCGCCCCGUCACACCGACAUGAGCCCUAUGUUAAGCUCCAAUGCCAACCUUAUGAUGAGUGCACUGGGAAAUGACUCAGUAGGCCAGGUCACGGGCCCACCGGAGGCAUUCUACCCUACCAACGGCUACUUGAUGGAUGCUAGUUUCGAUGAAGACGAAGACGACAGCGAAGCCAUGCUUAACGUCGAUGACUUCAUCAACUUUAGCGACGAUUCGUCUGACGAUGAAAGGGAUGACUCGGAUGAGCCAACUUCCCCAGCUGCUACAUCUACUAUUGGUUGUCAAACACCAACACCCCGACGUCCUUCUGGUACUGCAACAGACAACGACGAGACCCCUACCCAGGCCAGCAGUGCUGAACGACUUCUCAACCACCUUGAUCGCGGCAUUGUUACUGCCUUCCGCCGCAAUCAUAAUAGAUAUCAGGCACUGAUCCGUCUCCCCCAUCACAGGGAGUUUUUACCUGCAAACUCUCCAUCUCAGCCUGCUAGUGCCUUCAAACGCUCGAAUCCUCGCACUCCAACCAGAAAGAGACAGGCAAGCACAUACCUUGGCAGCGAGGCUGUUCGGAGAAAGCUGGUAGACUCACACCGCAGCAGAAGAAACACUGUUGCUUAUUGA